GCUGGAGACAAAAUGGCGUCCGGAGGGUGCCGGAGCCUGAGGCCGCUCGGCGCCGUGUAGAGCCGGGCCGCGGGCGGCGGCGCAGGGCUCAUGUAAUCAAAGGAGUUUCUUUGUUGUGUGUAUCUUUUCAGAACACAACAGGAAUUCAAAAUGAACCAGAAUACAGCUGAAUCUAUUAGUACUGUGGAGACCUUAGCUGAUGUACCUGAGCAUGUGCUUCGAGGGCUUCCUGAGGAUGUGAAGCUCUUCCCAUCUGCUGUUGACAAGACAAGGCUUGGUGUCUGGGCAACCAAAUCAAUUUUAAAAGGCAAGAAGUUUGGUCCAUUUGUUGGUGACAAGAAAAAAAGAUCUCAAGUUAAAAGUAAUGUGUACAUGUGGGAGGUAUAUUACCCAAACCUGGGAUGGAUGUGUGUCGAUGCAACUGAUCCCGAAAAAGGGAACUGGCUACGGUAUAUAAACUGGGCUCGUUCAGGGAAGGAGCAAAAUCUAUUUCCUCUGGAGAUCAACAGGACCAUUUACUACAAAAGCUUAAAGCCAAUCGCGCCGGGCGAGGAGCUGUUGGUGUGGUACAAUGGGGAGGACGACCCGGAGAUAGCCGCCGCUAUUGAGGAAGAGCGAGCCGCCAGCGCCCGCAGCCGCCGGCACUCCCCGAAAGCCAAGAAAGGAAAGAAAAAGACUCAGGAGGGUAAAAACAAGGGAAAGAAGGCAACGGAUACAAAGCAGAAAAAGACUGAUUUGGAUUCGACUUCUGCAGAUAUGAGGGAUUCUAAAGAGGGUCAUAAGGAGGAAGAUGAAAAACCUUCUGUUUCUGCUGUGCUGUCCCUGGAACAAACGGCUGUGAUUCAGGAAAUGGUAAAUCAAGAUGUACUUCCAAAGCUAAUGAUCCCCAGUCCCACCAGUGAGUCACAAUUGGUAACUGAAGACACCCAAGGAACAACAAUAAGCUGUGGAUCGGAUGAUUUGGAGGAUGAUGAAGAGGAAGAUGAUGAGGAGGAGGAAGAUGAGGAGGAGAUGGAAGAUGCCAGUACACCUAAAGAGAAUGCAGAAAUGCCUUUGAUAUGUGAAGAAAAGUUAGACUCUAUGGAAGAGCAAAAGAGUAUGUCAGAAGAAUCUCCAGAAAGCUCUCCAAAGAAAAAACUUGUUGUGAAAAUUCCAAAAGCAAAAGAUGAAUCAAAUGGUGAUGUCCAGGAAACGUUUAUGUUUCCUUGUCAACAUUGUGAGAGGAAAUUCACAACAAAGCAAGGACUUGAACGCCACAUGCACAUCCAUAUAUCAACUGUUAACCAUGCUUUCAAAUGUCGAUAUUGUGGGAAAGCUUUUGGUACACAAAUCAACAGGCGAAGACAUGAACGGCGUCAUGAGGCAGGGCUGAAAAGGAAACCAUUUUUAACACUAACGUCAUCACAACACCUGGAUAAUGUUGGUGAUAACCAAGUAAUUGUGGAUGAUGGUCUUAAAGAUGACUUGAACAUUUCCAGUCUUGUGCAAGAUUCUGUAGCCUUGGAUUCUGAGAAAGUCUCCCAAGAAAUUUCCAAUGCUGCUUUUGCUGAAGAGAAUAAGGAACCCAAAGAAUUACAUCCAUGCAAAUACUGCAAAAAGGUUUUUGGAACUCAUACCAAUAUGCGGAGGCAUCAACGUAGGGUUCAUGAGCGUCAUCUUAUUCCCAAAGGUGUCCGAAGAAAAGGAUUCUUUCCUGAAGAGCCACAACUUCAAACUGAGCAGGCCCCACCAGUCCAGAGUGUGUACAUAGCAAGCACAGAAAUAGAGGAGGAAGGUGAAGUGGAUGAUGUUUAUAUUAUGGAUAUUUCCAGCAAUAUCUCUGAAAACUUAAAUUAUUACAUUGAUGGUAAAAUUCAGUCCAAUAGCAGCACUAGUAAUUGUGAUGUGAUUCAGAUGGAGUCUAACUCUGCAGACUUGUAUGGGCUAAAUUGUAUAAUCAGUCCUGUCACAGUGGAAAUUUCCCAAAACUUAAAGGUUACGCAGACACAUGGGAAUGAACCUCCUAAGGAGCCCUCCAGCAGUGGGAGCAGUGAAUCCAAAAAGAGGAGAACAGCUAGCCCUCCUCUUGUACCAAAAAUAAAAACUGAAAUAGACGCGGAACCUAUAACUCCUACUAGUUCUUUAAAUCUGCCUCUUAGCAUUUCAACAGAGAACUUAACUUUUCAUAAAGAAAAAAAUAUUUAUUUGUCAUCAAAAUUAAAACAACUUCUUCAGACACAGGAUACUAAGAAGAUAACCCCAUCAAGUGAAAUCCCUAAACUAGGACCUUCUGUUACAUCACCGCCUAUUUUGCCUCCAGUAUCUAGCAGAUUCAAAAGAAGGACCAGCUCUCCUCCCAGCUCUCCACAGCAUAGUCCAGUGCUUCGAGACUUUGUUAAAUCAGGUGAGGGAAAAACUAUGUGGAAUGAUAGUGUUCGGAGUUCAAAAAUGCCAAAGUUAGAAAGCCACAGCAAUUCACCUGUGUGGAGCUUGGCUGGAAGGGAAGAAAGAGAAACUAUGAGUCCUCUUUGCUUUGAAGACUAUAAAAUAUCUAAAGACUGGACAGCAGCUCCAACUUUUGGCAAUGUGUGCAACCAGCAGCCACUGGAUUUAUCUAGUGGUGUAAAACAAAGAUCCGAUGUCAAAAAUAAGAAUCAGGUUCCCUGGGAAUCUGUAUUAGAUUUAAGUGUGCACAAGAAGCCUUGCAGUGAUGCUGAGAUUAGGGAAUGUAAAGAAAAUAAUUCCAUACAGCCAACCUGUAGUGGUGUUAAGAAGAAGAAACCAACCACUUGCAUGUUACAAAAGGUUCUGCUGAAUGAGUAUAACGGAAUGGAUGCAGCUAUGGACAGUGCCUCCUGUGCAAACAGAAGCCCAAGCCCAAGUAAAUCAUUGGAACCUCAGGCAGAACCUGACACAGAUCCCAGUUUAUUUGCAUCUUCUGUUGACACUGAAACCCUUAGUUCCUCUGUUUCCCCUGUGCCACAGACAUCUGUACCUUCAAUGUGCCAGCUGCCUCCUUUGUUGACACCAACAAACCCUCCUUCCCCCCCACCCUGCCCACCUGUGUUAACCGUUGCUACAUCACCUCCUCCCCUUCUUCCCACGAUACCAUUAACAAUUCCGGAUGUCUCUGCCAGUGCCACUAACACGUCAUCUUGCCCAUCACCACUCUCUAACACUACUGCCCAGUCCCCACUACCCGUUCUUUCACCUACAGUUUCUCCUUCUCCGUCUCCUGUUCCUUCUGUUGAACCUGCUGCCUCACCUGGUCCUCCUACUCUCUCCUCUUCCUCCUCUUCCUCCUCCUCUUCCUCCUUCUCUUCAUCAUCAUCAUCAUCAUCUCCAUCUCCACCUCCUCUUUCAGUGGUUUCUUCUGUUGUUUCCUCUACUGAUAAUCUUGAAAAUAGUUUCCCAAUAAUAAAGCAGGAAGAAAAUGAUAAUGAACAAAAGGCAAGAGAAGAUCCUCAAACUUCAAGUGAAUCAGGAAUAGUUCAGGAAACAUUCAAUAAAAGCUUUGUGUGCAAUGUUUGUGAAUCACCUUUUCUUUCUAUUAAAGACCUAACUAAGCAUUUAUCUGUUCAUGCUGAAGAAUGGCCCUUCAAAUGUGAAUUCUGUGUACAGCUUUUUAGGGAUAAAACAGACUUGUCAGAACAUCGCUUUCUGCUUCAUGGAGUAGGAAAUAUCUUUGUUUGUUCAGUCUGUAAAAAGGAAUUUGCUUUUUUGUGCAAUUUGCAACAGCAUCAGCGAGAUCUCCAUCCAGACAAAGAAUGCACACAUCAUGAGUUUGAAAGUGGGACUUUGAGACCCCAGAAUUUCACUGACCCCAGCAAGGCAAAUGUAGAACACAUGCAGAGCCUCCGAGAAGAUUCUUUAGACCCUUCUAAAGAGGAGGAAGAUGAAGAUCUAAAUGAUUCCUCUGAAGAGCUGUAUACUACUAUAAAAAUAAUGGCUUCUGGGGUAAAAUCUAAAGAUCCAGAUGUUCGUAUGGGUCUCAAUCAACACUAUCCGAGCUUUAAACCACCUCCUUUUCAGUAUCACCAUCGUAAUCCUAUGGGUAUUGGAGUUACUGCAACUAAUUUCACUACCCACAAUAUCCCACAGACCUUUACGACUGCCAUUCGUUGCACAAAAUGUGGAAAAAGUGUGGAUAACAUGCCUGAGUUACACAAACACAUACUGGCAUGUGCGUCUGCCAGUGAUAAAAAGAGAUACACACCCAAAAAAAAUCCAGUACCACUGAAACAGACAGUGCAGCCUAAAAAUGGCAUGGUGGUUAUUACUGGCCCUGGAAAGAAUGCCUUCAGAAGAAUGGGUCAGCCUAAAAGACUUAAUUUCAAUGUUGAGAUAAGCAAAAUGUCCUCAAAUAAACUAAAAAUAAGUGCAUUGAAAAAGAAAAACCAGCUUGUCCAGAAAGCUAUCUUGCAAAAAAAGAAAUCCGCACAGCAGAAGGCAGAAUUGAAAAAUAAUCCAUCUGAGUCAGACUCUCACAUCUGCCCCUACUGUAGUAGAGAAUUUACUUAUAUUGGAAGUUUGAACAAACAUGCAUCAUAUAGCUGCCCCAAAAAGCCCAUCUCUCCAUCCUCUAAAAAAAAUUCAUCAAAAAAAAUUACCAGUUCUUCAUCGCCUGCAAGCACUGAAAAAGGCAACAACCAGCGUAGGCGAACGGCAGAUGCAGAAAUCAAAAUGCAGAGCAUGCAGGCUCACUUGGGCAAGACAAGAGCACGAACCUCAGGACCUGCACAAAUUCAGCUGCCCUCUGCGUCCUUCAAAUCAAAACAAAAUGUUAAAUUUGUACCUCCAAUUCGAUCUAAAAAGCCAAAUUCAUCUUCAUCGUUAAGGAACUCUAGUCCUGUAAGAGUGUCCAAAAUGACUCAUGUUGAAGGGAAAAAAUCUAAAGUGGUAGCUAAGAAUACUUCUGGAAUCUCAGGCAAAGCAUCCCGGAAAUUGCAUGUCAGAAUACAAAGGAAUAAUAAAGCUGUUUUGCCAAGUAAGUCUGCUGUGGCAAGUAAGAAAAAAGCAGACAGGUUCAGUGUAAAAUCUAGAGAAAGGAUUGGAGGACCUAUUACACGAAGCUUACAGCAGGCGGCUAAUGCAGAGGCAGCAGAAAACAAAAGAGAUGAAAGCAGUACAAAGCAAGAAAUAAAAGAUUUCAGUUACAGGCUCCGCAUGGCCUCUAGAUGUCCCUCCUCCUCUUCGCAUAACACCAGCACCAGGCAAUGCAAGAAAUCCAACUGCACUACAGCCCAUUUCUUCAAGGAAUAGACCCUUCUGCAUGUCAAACCAAAACAGGUACUAGAAACUUUUGACUGGAAAAGGUGAGGUGACGUAAUCCUCAAGCAUUAUCCUCUCCUGCUUUUUCUCAGACGAGGUGAGACCAGUUCCUCAGUAGAUGAAAGGGACAGCGGUUUCUUCUGCUGGGAGCAGUGGCACGCUUCUGUCAUAUUGUCCUUCCUUCCAGAGGGAGAGGGAGAGAGCACAGUGCAGGGCUCCUGCCUUCAAGAGAAUGAUGAACUGUGGAUGCUGGUGAGAGGGUGAUUUCACAGUCCCCUGCGGCGUGAAGUCCAUGCAUCAAGAGCCAGUGGAAUAGCGUGGAGAAGUGUUCAGGCAAUUGCAGGCAGAUUAACCAUGUUCAGAGGGUAAUAGAUUUGGAUGUCUCCCCUCUUUCUAGGAGAACAGAAAGGGGUUUAACAUACUAUGCAAUUAAAUUCUGAAAAGACUGUUACGUCCUUUUAGUUUCUAUUUUACAUGCUAACGGGUAAAGAACUGGGCAUCCCACAAAAAGCCACUGAAGAGAGUGGUAGAUUUUGCUAAAGUUUCCACAUCUCAAAUCUGUGGGUACCCUAGUCUCUUGACGUUGUACCAUUAGCUUUAAAAGGCAUGAUGCCAUUGCUUUUUUUUUUUUUUUUUUUUUGAAAUACCACCUAUUAAGUGAUCUCUGUGAAAUGCACUGAUAGUCCAAUUUCAUAAAAGGACAAGGAUCCACUUCUUGAAAACCCCCAUUACAUUUGUUGCCAGUCUGGUACUCUUGUUGUGGUCAGGAUUUAAUUACUUUGUAAGAGUAUCAGUAUGCACAUCGCUGUGCAGUAUCAAGCAGCGCUUUCCCCUGAAUGUGGAGCUUUGUGUUUGUGGCCCUCAGUACAAGCAUGCCUAGUUUCCAUGGUCAUGUAGAGAAGGCAUCCAUGGAGAUGGCUGGCAGGCAGUAAAGACAAAUUGCAGAAACACAUAGGAAAGUGCAUGCAAGGAGGUCUCCUAAAUCUUCCUCCAGAAUGGUGACAACCACAUGCAGGUGCAUCAUCUGGCAAGGAUGUUCUCCUCCAGGCAGCCGCAAAUUUCUCCUCUGGCUUGAAGUGUUCCUUCUGUCAGGACAGGAGUUUACAGGAGCCGUACUAAUGUAGCGUCCAAGUAUUUUUCAAUGGGGCCAAGGAGUAGACGGCCCUGCUUCCCCCUCGUUUCAGUCAAGACGUUUCUCUCCUUGUCUUUGCAUCCCACUGGUAUGCACGCACGUUAGUUGCGAAAAAGCAAGUGCCCAGUUGAUACACCUUUCCGCCACUACUCUAUAAAGGUCAAAACAGGAUCAACAGAUCUGCACAUACACGCAUAUAUAUGUUUAUAUAUAACAUUAUUGCGAAUAUAUGCAUAAAAUUGCUGAAAGCAGUGACUUUUUAUGAAAAUCAAAAAUUUCAAAAUUAAUGCAAAAGCUUUAAACAAAAAAUACCUUUUUUUCACCAUAAAAAUGUUUUAGCUACAUGUUGUUUAGCUGGAAAGAAAAGGUCUUGAGAAUCUUCUAAUAUUUAGAUAGAGGCUUUUUGGAUAACCCCUCUUGGAGGUUUUCUAAGUGCAAUUGUGGUAUGGGGGAAGGCUGAGAUGCGGAAACUAGAUGAGCCAUAGAAAAGCUACAUCCCCUCCCAUUUUUGGAAGCGAGGCUUCCAGUUCAGGACUGUGAGACCUCUGAGAUGCAGGCUUUGCGGGGACAGUUUGUACUGUUGCUGGCUGCUCUCUAGCUUUCCUAGAGUCUCUAGGAUUGAUUCCCUUCAGAGUCUUUGCUAGCAAUAAUUUCCUCUUAAAAUAUAUGAUAUACUAAUGCCAAUCCAAGGCUGCAGUUUUUCUCAGCAGCCUAGAGGACUGAGAUUGCUGUUAUUCAUUCAAGCUAAUUGAAAGUGAGUCCCAAAUCUGCUAGGCAGCUUGGUGAAUCUUGCUCAAAUAGCACAGAAAAUAGUUUCUUGGCCUUACGUAUGUCUCAAAGAAGCAAGCCUGCACCUACAGCUCUGUAUCAGUUCUACUGUCUUUAAUUUUGCCUGUUACCUUUCCUUUUUUUUGUAUACAUUUUGUCCUUCUUUUCACCAUCUGGUAUUAGUAUGGUAAACCCUGUUGUUCAGAACAGGAAUUAUCUUCCUGUGUGUCUGGACAGCACCUAGAUCAUUGGAAAAAUGAAUAUACAGUGUCAGUAGGAACCAGCUCCAAUAAACUGUCCUAAAACACCACUUCAGUAUGCCCUGGAUUGUGCGAGUGCAGCUUUGUUAGACGUUUUGACAAGGAUCACCCUUACUAUAUAGUUAAUUCUUCACCGGUUAUUUGAGGAUUGUUGCUGAGGAAGAGCUCUCUUGCCAUACAGCCCCUGUCCUCCUUUAAACGAUCAGUUCUUCGGAGACCCUCUCAACUUCCAGUAAGUUGAAUUAAGUACAAAGUUCCUGGCAUGGAUGCUGCUGAGUUUAGUGCCUUUAAGGCAUACCAAUGAGGUUGUUAUAAUUCACUUUUGUGCAAUUUAUUUUUGCUGCUUUUUUUAGAGUGGUAUUAACCAUAGUAACUGACAAACUCAAGGAGAGAAGUGUGUAAAUUGUUGUGAUAUAUGAACAUUUUUCCCAGAGAAAUUCUGGUUUAUCACAAGAACCUGUAAAUAUGUAUCUACAAUUUUAAAAGCACGUCUUUAUGUCCCUGGUUGUAAAUGCUCUGUUUUUAAAGUUUUAUAAUGUAUGUUAUUCAACCAAGAGAUCACUGCACACAGCUUUAUAUUGUACUGGUCUGUUUGAAGGAUCAAUUACAGUCUAAGCUGUGGUAGAAAAAUAUCCACGCCGCUGACAAGAAAUAACCUAUUAUUGCACCAAACUUUUCAUCAUUUUCCCUUAGCUAACAAAUGCAGAUUUUUUGGGAGGGUGGGGAAAUUAAUUUUUCCUUCAGAAAAAAAGGAUCAAUUCAAAAUGGUGUCAUUUCUCUGUAAUGAUAAGAAUAUUUUCUUCACAGUAAAUUCAGGAAAGUAUGCCAUUUUUUCACAAAGCAGAAUUUCACGGUUUUCCAGCAAAUUUUUUACCUCCCCCGUGCCUGCUGAUGAAACAUGUGAAAUUUUGCCCUUGACUAAUAUGACAAAUUCUUGUGAAAAUUCAAGGAGAGAGUGGGGAAAAAGCUCAGGUUUUGCAUGUAGGAAUUUGCGAGGCUGACACUGGUAGCUCUGCAGUGCUCUCACGACAAUGAUGAUACUGAGAAGUUUAUUAGGAGUAAAUUGUGUGGCGAUGUGGUAUUAAGAGGUUGGUGCUUGGACUCCGAACAUCGCUCGGGAAGACUGGAAGCUCUGUUGUCUGUCUGCCAUGUAAAGAAAAAGAACAACAAUAAAUUAAUGUGACAAA